AUGAGCAGCCAGUGGCAGAGCAGCCCAUUUCAACAAGACCUAUCCUCACAGGCUGGCCUGGUGAAGAUGUUUGAUCCUACUCAGUUCCAGGCACAACCAGCUUUUGGAGGAGCUGAGACAAAGUCUGUCUCUCUGCCACCACAGCCAGAGCAGAAUUCUGGUAUUCCACAUCCUCAGCAUUCUGCUGAAGCUGCUCCUGCUUGGAACGGCUGGAACAGCUGGGAUUGGAAGCCAGAGGACAGUAGUCUUCAGGGCAAAGAAGAUCAAGAUCUACAUGGAUCAGAAACCAGCACAGUUUCUCAGACCCAACAGUUUGUUGGUGGAGUUUCUGAUAGUGGAUAUUAUGGUAAUGAUCCGUAUUCCACUGUAUGGAACCAAGGAUGGAACAAUACAGAGCACUACCCAGACUCACAGGGCUAUGCACAGACUGAUCCAGGAGUACAUUAUAACCAGGGUCAGCAGCACUUUGCAGGAGUUAUGUUUGAUCAAGAUCAAGAUGGUCAUAAUUUUAGCUCUCAGCAGCAACACAGUCUUCAGGAUCAGCAAUACUUUGAAGGCCAGUUCUAUGACCAAGUUCAGCAGAGUCAGAAUAUGGUAGGGGACAAGACACAGGAGUAUUAUCAUGAACAGGGCCCAGCCCAGUCUUAUCAUAAACCAUCUGAUCCUAAUAUAUGGCCAAUUCAUGAGAAUGGGCAUUGGGUUGAUGGUUACUCAGGCCAGCACAGUUUUUUAGACCAGAAUUCUGAAGCUGCUGACGUUGAUGAGGGGAAACAGCUAGAUUUUUUAGAGAGGGUGGGUGUUGAAAGUUUACCACAGAGUACACAAGAAAAUAUAGCACAGACUUUUAGUGGCUCAAACAGUGAUGAAAAUGUGAUAGUGGGUCCAAGGCUGGAGGUUCAUGAUGAUGAUGAUGGCACUGUGUCUGGCUUCUUUGGCAGGGAUGGUGAUGAGGAUGGGAAUGUGCAGUUAGACUCACAGAGACACAUUAAUAGUGGUGAACAGAAUUCAGCAAAUGAAGUUUCUCCUGCUGUUAACCAGUUUUUGAUGGUAACUCCUAAUUACCAUAGAACAAACUCUGAAAUUAGCAAUGCUAGUCUUUCAACAUUAAACCUCUCCCUUGGCGAUGAUGAUGAUGAUGAUGGCCAAGAGCCACUUCAUAACAUUCAAGCCCUUGUCCAGAGGAUGGAGGAGGAUAGAGCGGGUGUUAUACACAAUAUUAACCCAGAGAAUUCUUUUGUGGAAGGUACAAGUAUAGAGCAGCUGCAAACAGACACAGGUGAUAAUCAAAGCUCAGUUUCUGAUCACAAACAAAUACGAGGAGACUAUACAGGCUUUGGCAACAGUGCUGUUUUUCACAGCCACCUUCUCAAUAGCCUGCCUUUUGAUAAUAGUGCAGGAGUUUCAUCUACAGAUGGAGAUAAGCCAGGGUCUGCCGAAUCUGGCGAGUCAGGUGGAUCUUCGGGACUUGCUGACUGGGAGAUUGUUCCACCAUCGUCUAAUUUGGUGGGUCCUGAUUAUAACCUGUCUGUGGAUGUUAAUGUUAAUUCCUUAGCUGACAAGCCAGAUGGGGGUACGGACAUGCCUGCUGGUCUGGGAAAGUUACAGUAUGAGGAUAAGCCACUUCAGCAUUUACAGAAUCCACCCGUCAGUGUUACGUCUGAUCAUAGUGUUUUUGAUGCCUUGCAAAAUUCAGAUCUGGAAAACAGUCCUUUACAUCAUAACACAUCUUUGACCAUAAUGCAGACAGAGUCAGUUCAGGUUUAUUAUGACUCUAGAGGGCGCUCUGGUAGUCCAUUUGUUGCAGCUUUCACGGAUCACCAAGAAGAUGACUUGCCGUUCUCAAAGGCACAAGCUCUUGCUCAGGUAACCACAAGCACAUCUUCUACUAAAGUUCACAGAGAUUUCACUAAAACCCAGAUAAGUCUAACUCCAGAAGAUGGAACUGAUAACUUGUUUCGGAGAGAAAGUCUCAAGAGUUUGAGGCAUGCAGGUAUGACCAAACCCAUUAAAGAACUUCCUCCUUUACAGAGCCAGAUGUCAACAUCACAGAGCACUCAGCCAUCUGAGAAUAAAGCAACUGCAAGUGCUCGGCAAAAGUCACAGACGUCACGAGAAUUUACUUUUCUUUCUGAAAAACACAAACUGACAAGUAGUUCCUUAAUAGAAGAUGGAAGCAGAAUUAACAAACGAGACUCUGAACACAACAUUGUGCCUGUUGGCACCAGUUCUGCACACAGUAUCAAGUCAUCCGGCGCUGAAUCUGUACACAGUGUCAAGUCGUCGGGUGCCAGCUCUGUUCACAGCAAAGAUUCUGAAGAACCUCCAAUCAGAAGCAGCUCCCGCAACUCUGAAGAGGUUUCAGCUUCAAACCAACAGCGUCGGCAAUCAGCAUUCCAUCCUGUUGCACGUCCUCGACAGACUGCGAUGUCUCCAGCCACGACCCUCUGGGACAACUCAGAGGCACCCACAUCAAACAUACUUCUUGCUCCUGCAAUGCCUCUGAUCAUUCCAAAUCUGAACCCUUACCCAUUUUCUGCAUCAAAUACAUCUAUUAACAAAUCUGGAAAUAUGGCAGAAGGAAAGGGCAGUGCUGUAACAGAAACUGACAGUUUACGAUCAGGACUAGACAGUACAGCUGACUUAUCGAUUGACAGUAGAGAUAGUGAGAGAAAGGAUGAACGAAACAGAAGCCAAGAUAGUAGAAAAAGAAGCAGCAAAAAUAGAUCUUUGGACUCCUUGGAUGAGAUUGAUGCAGUAGUUGAGGGACAGAGAGAUCGAAGUUACUACAGCCAGCAGCAAGACUCGAGAGAUACAUCUUUCAACUCCAGUAGACACGAUUCCUACAGGCGGGAAUCUGAUAGACUGUUCAGCAGAAGUGACCAACCCCUGAGCAGAAGUGACCGACCUGUGAGCAGAAGUGACCGACCCGUGAGCAGAAAUGAACGCAGCAGCAGUGGACAAUAUCAUUAUGAGCGCCCUUUGAGUAGAACUGAAGGUGACCCAAGGGAAGACACUUAUCGUCGAAACCGAGUGUCCUAUAGAGACUUUGGAGAUCAUUCUUAUGAUGAACGAUAUGAUAGACCUCGAUCGCGACAAGAUGAAUCCCAUAGCAGCCGACCUUCAUCUAGGUCAGGUCAGGAGGUAGAAAAGUCAAGGGGAACUUAUGACCGUGACAGAGACUAUUACAGAAACAGACACAGAGGUUACGGCUACGACAACUAUGCUAGACAGGUUGACUACUAUCAAGAUGAUCGGGAACGUUAUUACAAAUAUUAUCAAGAGAAAGAAGCUCGGUAUGCACGUGCAUACUUCGAGGAAUAUUAUGGCCCCAAGCAUGCUGGUUAUUACUAUCAACAACAGCUGGCACAGCAGAAGCAACCGCAGCAAGAAGAAAGAAGGCACAGUAGUCAGGGGUCAGAACACUCUAGCAGUCGGAGUCAGUCACGAGGGAGUACCCCAGCUACUGCUCCAUCUCCUGGAAUUCCGCCUCCUCCAGCAAUCAAAUCAGGCUCUGACUACUAUGCACUUCAUGGCUCUCGACCAGACAGCCGCACAGACUACAGCCGGGAUUACUAUGCCCGAAAUUAUAAUUUGGAAGGCUACAGUCAGUACUAUGAAAACUAUGGCUAUAAUCCAUACGCAGCUGGAUAUUAUCUGCCAUAUGAUGAGUACACUCAAGGUUACGAUCAAGGACGUAUGACGCCACCUAAGUAUAACUACCCACAUGUUAGAGCUUGCUUCGGCCCCACUGGUCAGCUGAUCAAGGUUCUGCCUAAUCGGCCAACUGAUGGACAGCCUGCCAUAAUAGAAGUACAGGAUGUGCAGGCCAUCUUAGAAAGUUGUCCAGAAGCUGAUGAGCUGAAACGAUUUCCUGGUCCUUUGACAAGAGAGCACACACACAAGAACGAUGUCCUGUUGUUUUGUCAACUCAAGGCUCGUGCCUGUGCUGAGAACAUCAACAUGGUGGACAGGGAGUCAGCUCAGCUGAUUUGGAAAUUUCUGGAACUUCUCAUCAAACAGAACGGGGCUGUUGUAGGUACAGACCUUUCUGAUCUGCUUCUGGAGGGUCACGAACCGUCAACACAUGAGUACAGUGUACAUGGUGUACGGAUAUCCCAGAGUCCAGAAGUCCUUGACACGGUUCUGGAGGGCAACAGUGAGGGCAGCAACAGUGCCAGAAAUUCUCCUGCUGUCCGUGUGACCUCAGACAGGACAGUUAUCAACAGUGCAGACAGGGAAAGGGAGAAGUGGAUUGAUAGAUUCAGAAAUCUGCUUCUGUAUGGUCGUAAAAAGGAAGCCCUAGAAUGUGCCAUGAAGCACAACUUGUGGGGUCAUGCUUUGUUUCUGGCCAGCAAGAUGGACACACGGACACAUGCUAAUGUCAUGACCAGAUUUGCCAAUGGUGCGAUCAGGAUGAAUGAUCCACUUCAGACCCUGUACCAGCUGAUGUCAGGUCGGCAGCCAGCAGCUGUCACUUGUGUUGUGGAUGAGCGAUGGGGAGACUGGAGGCCUCACUUAGCAAUGAUCCUCUCCAACCACACCUCCAAGCAGGACCUGGAUCGCAAGAGUAUAACCACCCUGGGAGAUACACUAGCUGCUCGAGGCUGUCUUCAUGCCAGCCACUUCUGCUACCUGAUGGCCCAGGUCAACUUUGGCAGUUACAACAAGAAGACAUCCAAGAUUGUUCUCAUUGGCUCUAAUCACAAUUUAUCGUUGGAAGAGUUCUCUACAAAUGAAGCCAUACAGUGUACAGAAGUCUAUGAGUAUGCACAGACUUUAGCAAACCCAGCAUUUUGUCUCCCUCACUUCCAAGUCUUCAAAUACCUGUAUGCCUGUCGACUGGCUGACUAUGGGAUGUCCUUGGAGGCCCUGCAGUACUGUGAGAUGAUUGCCAGCAACAUACAGCAGUACCCAUCAUUGUUCCACUCUCCAUUUGUCAGGCUUGUUCAGCAGCUGUCCAGCAAGCUUCAGUUCUCUGAUCCUCAGCGUCAGAUUGCCAAUGAUGAUGCACAAGAACCUGCAUGGUUGCAGCAGCUGGAGAAGAUGUGUUCUUCUUAUGAUGAUGGUUCGGUCCAGUCAUUUUCUGGAUCAGUAACCCCAGCAUUGUUUCCAGGGACUACGACCAGCAGUGAGAGUGGGGACUACAGCUCAUAUGGCUACGGUUAUGUUGGUGAGACAACAGCCUUGACCAGCGCACCUGGUUCAUCAGGCGUAGAUACGUAUAGAAAUCAACAACAAAUACAGGAUGAUGCCACAAGCUACGCCGGGGAACAUGAUUUAGGCGCCAUCACAGGUCAGGUUCAAAACCUGAGUAUUGCAAAUACUGACCAACAGCCGCAGCACCCUCGACAGCAGGUAGGCUACGGUCAGCAAGCGGACAACAAUCAACAGCAGUAUGAGUACAAUCAGUGGCAGCAGCAGCAGCUGCAGUAUGGCUAUCACUACAGUGAUUAUGGAAACCAACAGCAGCAACAGCAGCAGCCAGAAGGCGAAUAUCAUCAACAGCCUCAUCCUCCAGAGCCCCAACAGCAGCCACAAAUUUCACAUCCCAGCCAGCAAGCACAGUCUUCACAUCCCAACCAUCUACCACAGUCUUCACAUCCCAACCAUCUACCACAGUCUUCACAUCCCAACCAUCUACCACAAUCUUCACAUCCCAACCAUCUACCACAAUCUUCACAUCCAGGCCAGCUACCACAAUCAUUACAUCCCCAACAAUCCCUGACUACUCAUCUUGGCACUGGCCUAGCUGCAGGAGAGGCCGGCUAUGGAUCCAGCAGUUCACAACUAGACUCCUCGUCAGCCACACAGCUGGCUUUCCAUCUGCACUCACGCGAGUAUGGCCAUCAUGAGACAGCACAGCACCAGCAUUCCCCUCACAGGGCCAGCAUAAGUGCUAGUGACACAUAUGAAGAUGACGACAACGGCAGUGAUGAUGAUGAUGAUGAUGAUCAAGAUGUGCCCGAUGGUGCUGCAAACGGCUUUAACUACUUUGGGGAUGUGGGAACACAGAUUGUAGCGCCCCCUCACAGAUAUCGUCACAUGUCUGGCAGUUCAACUGGUAGCAUGAGAAGAAGGCGGAGAACAGCAUCUGAAAGCAGUACGGGCAGUGUCAAGGCUGCAGCACACAAACCACCACCUCAGCAGCAGUAUUCAUUAGACGGGGGCAAAGGAAGCAAUAAAAUGAUGAAACCUGGUCAGCAAGAUAAUGCUGGAAGUGGCUGGUUUGGAGGAUUUUUAAACAAGUUCAAGGUCAAAGGCAAGAAUGAAAUGAUUUUACCAGAUGACAAAAACCCAGCUAUUGUGUGGGACCCAGUCAAGAAAAAAUGGACCAACGCUGAUGGCACAGAAGAAGAAGAAACAUCAGCGGCCCCUCCCCCGAAAGAUACUGAUCUUCUAGGUAAACAUACAGCGGUCACAUCAAAUUUUUCUGGACCUCCUCCUCCACCUCCUCCCACUGGCAUCCCUGGUGGCAACAGGUUUUCUUUGAAAGCAAAAGGUGCCAGGAACCAGUACGUGGAUGUGACCAACCCAAAAUCUGUGACUGUCCCACAAAACUUGUUCAAUGUGAUGCCUGCUAAUAGUAUUCCCACUGCUGCCCCAAAAGUCUUUUUACCUGGUCAGACUAAUGUUGCGGCAACUAGAGACAUCAACAACAGUAAUGUCAAUAACAGUCUUCUGACAGUUCCAGCCUCUACAGAUAAGCCAAUCGCCGACUCCACCAACACGACUGACCCAACUCCAGCAGCUCCCAGCAUGCCUGUGCUAUUCAACCCUGCAAGUCUGAAGAACACUACUAAGGGUAAAGGUCUCAACCCAUCCAGUGCCGGGCCAGGUCUGAAGGCUGGACAACGGAGAGCAUACCCAAAAUGA